AUGCAGGAAUACUUGAACAAUGCUCCAGGCGACCUAGAUGCUGAAAUCACUGGCCUUCUGCAGGACCAAGUUAGCGAAGUAAUAGAGCGGUCCUAUUAUAUCCCUUUACCACAAAUGCCAUCUGAGCUAGGAGUGCCAUGUACAGUUACAAUCAAAUAUCCGGCUAUCAUCCCUCACUUCGAUGUACAAGACGGUUUCACCUCUACAACGCCUCAUCACACUCCACAAACCAACAACAACAUCUACCCGCCAAAUGAUUGGUCGCAAUUACCUGAGAAGCUCCAGCCACCACAAUUUCAUGUGCACCGCUGUCACCAUGAAGGGGUCACAUCUAGUACAACUAGCAAAGCGUUUGAGUUGCCCUUGGGAUUUCCUGAGAUAGUCCAAUACUUCCAUGAAGUACCUGAGGAUUCCUAUUGUGCUGGACUUUUCAUCAACAUCCGUUCAUGGCUCUCUCCACCAACUAUCGAAGGCGGAUUGCAGAGCUUUGAAUGCCACCUUAGCUCUACUCAAACAUGUUUCUAUAUCACCGUGGAGCGCAACAGCGACAUCUUGGUGUAUGACUGCUUCAGAGAUGAGGAGGCUUUGGGCUCAGAGCCAUGA